GCCCAGCCCCACCUCCCAGCUCAGUCCCAGGAGGGCUGAGUUGCGGUGGUGGCGCGGCGGCGGACAGCCCUGUCUGGGGCUCCAGGAUUAGCUUCAGCCUCCCUUCACCUCCACCCCCACAUCCUCUCCAUCCCCCUGCCCCCGGCUCCAUCUUGCCUGGGCUGCAGCCUCUCGGGCACCUGUGGAGGAGCCACCGUCUCCGCCUCCCCGCCGGCUGCGAGGAAAUGCUAAGUGUAAUUAAUUGCCAAAGUAAAAAUGGAAGACUUGGCCCAUUGAGGAGCAUGUUGCCAAAAAGAGCUGGCUCAGCUGAGUGGGCCAGGGAGCCAAAGAAGCUUGGCCCAGAAUCCCAUUGAAACUGUAGUGCAUAGGUGUUGCAGUGGAUAGAGCCCAGGACUUGGAGUCAAGAAGACCGAGUUGGAAUUCCGGCAUCAGAGGACAAUCUGAAGCUUCCCUGAGCUGUUUCUGCCUCAGUAAGUGAGAAGAUGAGACCAAAAGGGAGAACCUAGGCAACCUGAGCAUUUUUCAAAAAUCCUGGAAGGGAAGCCUCUAUUGGCCAUGGCCACCAGUGACUCUCACCCAGAGUGCUGCCCAGCCUCGACUCUCCAUGGCCAGCCUCUCUCCAAGAGCUCCUCCAGCCUACUGGGUGAUAGACCAGGCAACGGGCAGGAGCUCCGGAAGAGUGUCAGUAGCACAGUCUGCCAGAGUCCUGCUGGCGAGGGUGACCCAAGCCAGCUGGCUGGAGAGAGCAGUGCUGGGGCCACAGUGGAAAGAGAAGUGCAGAGUACCUUGAGAGCAGGGAGCCACGUCUUGAGCCCAGACCAAGUCCCCCGCCCCUGGCAAGAGAAGAGCUCAGUCUUCCGCUCCAAGAGCAGCACUGUUGGAAAUGUGUACUCCAUGGGGGAGAGGGAACUGUCACCUUCAAGCUUGGGGGUGCCAGGGGCUGCAGUGCAACGAAGCCAUUCUGACUUAGCCUCAGGCUGCAGGCAUGUCAGCCUCAAUGUUCCCAUGGAAGCUAGCGUUAGCUGUUCUGCUCUGGGCUCCUCAUCAAAUGGAAGAAGCAACCUCAUUCCAAGAAAUGUGUUCAUGCACAGGCCUGGCAUAGGGCCUCAUGACAAUGUGGACCCAGGCAACCAGCCUCCUUUCCCUGACCCUGAAGGUUCAACUGACAAUGUUGGAGGUGAUCUGGUCUCACAGGAUGCUGAGGCUGGUAGAGAUACAGUAGCUACCUUACCUGCCUCUGUUGUAGAGGUCGAGAUAGCUGGAGACAGCUGUAGGAGUGACUCAAUUCAAGAUCCAGGUGGUAGGACGCAAGGUAGCAUCCCCUCGUGCUCGGUGCCCAUGGCUUCUGGGCGCAUACAUACCACCUCCUCUCCUUACUGUCCUAGACAAGCAGAAACUUCUGUGAGGACGAGUGAUACCCACUCUGCCUACUGCCACCCCCUGCCCAUCCCAGCCCUCCAGGUUGGCCCUGGGAUGCUGUGUCCCAUGAAUGAAAUGGGUGUCCCUGGAUGCUGCCACGUCCUGUCCACAUCAGAGAUUCUGACAUUUCCCAAGCUGGUAUCAUCUGUGAGUGAAUCUGGCCUCCAUAAUCAGCACUUGGUUAGAUACCGCAGGCUGGCGGAUGAGGCCCCAGUUUGCAUUCAUUGUUAUGCUCCAAACAAGUGCCCACAGCAGGAAUCUACAGCAGGUUCUAUGCUCCUCGUAAGCCAACCAGCCACAGACCCUGUCACCAAGACCAAAGAUGUGUCGACCAUGACUUCCACUGGCGACUUGGCAUUGGGACCACUGGCCUCUCUGCAUUGCAGGGAUGCUGAGGUACAAACAGCUCCAUCGACAGCCUGCAAGGCUGUGGCCACCAGUCCCUCCCCGCUCAAAGACCAGGUGCCCCCCCAUGUAUUCCCAGAGGUGAACUUGGAGGUCAGCAGAGAGGAGCCUAAGUCCCCAGUGCGAGAGGUCAGGUGGGAUGAAGAGGGGAUGACCUGGGAGGUAUAUGGAGCUUCGGUUGAUCCAGAAGUUCUGGGCCUGGCCAUCCAGAAACAUCUGGAGAUUCAGAUUGAGCAGUUCCAGACUAUUCCCUCGAAAGAGGGCACCCAGCCAGGUGGUGAGGAGGCCCUGAUUAAGGAGGGGAAAAGAAGGCCCUUUCGAACCAUGAUCCAGUCCCUGAGACGUCCUAGCUGUUGUGUCCAUUCGAGCACUGCUGUAGAAUAAUGAAGAUGCCCUUUCCUUUCUACCCUGAGACUUUCUGGGGUUGGCUGGUUCCUUCUGCAAUAGAAGAUGCAUUAUUCAGGAAAAAAAGAAAUCAUUGCAAAGCCCUCUGGGAUUGGGAUGCCAGUCUGUAUGGAUAAGAAGUGUCUGAGGCAGUCACUUAAUUAGCAACACUCGCAGUACAUCCAAGUGGGAGGAAAGGGAAAAGAGGUGGAAAUUGUCAGUUGACUGCCAUUGAAAAAUCUCUGCCCGUUGACUCAUCACCCAUCUCUGCCUUCCUGUGCUGGAGCGAGACUCUAGCUCAUCUAUUUAGGUGCCAUAAGCACUGAGGAGUGUGUCUGGAUUUUUAAAGGGAGGAGUCUAUUUUCUGCAUCUCUUCUUACUGGGGACUAGCUUUCAAAGUUUAGCUUCAAAGCGUUCUUUUUUUUUUUUCAGUGUUACAUUGGUUAACCUCAUUUCAGACCUAAUGCUGUAGUCUUACGAAACCUCAAUACCAAAUGUGAGCCCUCCCCAUAAUCCCCCUCCACCUGAUAGUGAUUGCCUUUCCAUCAUUGCUCAGUUAAUGAAUUACUAAGUUGCUCGGGGACUUCUGUUAGGUCUGAGUUAUUUCUUCACUGCAGGUAGAAUGGACUGUUUCCAAAGGAAAGGCCUACUUCAGAAAACAUUUAAUUGCAAUAUGUGUGCCCUGUGCCUAGGGCUAGCAUUAUGAAUAGGCAGGACAGUUAGUGAUGUCUGAUUUCAGAGGCAUCAGUAAAUCACGUGGUUUGAUUUCAGGGACAUCAGGAAAGGACCUCUGCCCCCACAAUAUUUUUCAAGCUGCCUGAAAUUCCAUGAUUAGAGCAUCAUCCCAUUAGUUUAAGACUCUCUGGCACCUGUUAAGAUGCAAAUGCUCCCUGGAAAAGAGGUGUCAUGUUUUAAGCCUUAUGUGACUGCAUACACCUCGGUGUGAAUAAGUUUGUCAGCUCCUUUUCUGAGAACAAGUUCUGGUGGGAAAGGAAGAGAGACAAAGGUGCUGGGGUGCAUAGGAAGUCCCACCUUUCAUAAGUGUGACCACAUUGUCAUGAUUUUGGGAAGUUAUAGCAUAUAAAUGCAGCUUACAUUCAAGGGGGCAGCCCUUCUGUUUACCCUCUCAAGUCCAAGGACCUGGGGUGUCAUUUUUAUCGUUUUUGGAGUUCCCCACAGAAAACUCAGCAAGUAGCUCAGGCUUUUGCAUAGCAAACUGCAGGACACCCAGGUGUUGCCUUUUUAAUGAUGAUGUGAAUGCCAGUGAGGUUGUUUUUUUGUUUUUGUUUUUGUUUUGUACAUUGCAUGGCCCACACGUGAAUGUGGGGCAGGAUCUGGUCCCAUGUAACAUGCCCACAAAGGGAACUUCAGGGUCAGAACAUGUGUUGUAAAGCAUCUCCAGUGCUCCUGGCAUAUGGGUGGAUUGUCAUGUUUUCAAGUGGGCCCACAAGGCCUUCCUGGAUCUUCCCUGUGGAUCAUGGAAUAUGGAUGGAUACCAGUAUCUGCCUGCAUGGUCGCCAUUUUUAAACAAGGAAAUUGGAUUGAGAGGAGAAACUAAUGCUAACAUUCCCCUUUGUUUGGGGGAAAGAUCUGAGCCUGAGCCUUGGGUUCUCCUAGUUGCUCUUGACUUUUAUUUUUUUAAAGAAAAAAAGAAAACCACCGUAGUAUUCUGGUA